UUUCAAAAACAUCGAUAGUAUCGAUAGUGACAUAGAUGUUUUUGCAGCUCUAUGUCAAAUGCCACAUUCAGUAUAAAUAAUUACUACAACGCCUUUUCCUACGUGUCUCCAAUAAAUCCACUGCCCGAGACGAGGAGCUCUCCGGCAGUUGUGCGCCCCGUUGCGACCACAACGAAGACACCAUCUUGGCGUGCCUUGGAGUGGCACGAGCACCAAGGAGAGGGGCAGGAGCUGAGCUGAGACAUCGGGUGGAGAAGGAGCAGGAACAGUAGGCAAUCGACAGGGGAACGCGAAGCAGAACAAGGAACAAGAAAAUGGCUGGAUCCGCACUGCGCCGCCUAAUGGCGGAAUACAAACAGUUAACACUCGACCCGCCUGAGGGCAUUGUGGCCGGACCGAUCAGCGAAGACAACUUCUUUGAGUGGGAGGCCCUGAUUGCCGGACCCGAGGGCACUUGUUUCGAAGGCGGCGUCUUUCCCGCCCGUUUGGUCUUUCCACCCGACUACCCACUGAGUCCGCCAAAAAUGAAAUUCACUUGUGAUAUGUUCCACCCCAACAUUUUCGCCGAUGGUCGCGUCUGCAUAUCAAUAUUACACGCACCCGGAGAUGAUCCCAUGGGCUACGAACUAUCCGCGGAACGCUGGAGUCCCGUGCAGAGCGUUGAGAAGAUUCUACUCAGUGUGGUCAGCAUGCUGGCGGAACCCAACGAUGAGAGCGGCGCCAAUGUCGAUGCGGCCAUCAUGUGGCGUGAAAGAAGAGAAGAGUUCAACAGCAUCGCCCGACGACUGGUGCGUAAGACCCUUGGAUUGCCGCAGUAGAGGUCUGCUGCUGUUGCUGCUGAACCCACAACCAUCACCUAAGCAACACACGAUUCCACUAUUGAGCUCCGACGCCCCUCUUACGAAAAUGUUAAAACCAUAGUUCCCUCAAUGGUCCACUCUUGGACUCCUGGCUGACACAGACACAUGGCAAAAAGACGUUUCACAUUAGCGGAAAACAAAACCUUAAAGUAACAUCCGACAUAACCCUCUUAAGUUGUAAUCCGGCAAUUGGGAUCCUUGUUCCAGGCUCUACAGUAUGUGAGCUAUGAAGCUGCUACAGCUAAGUACUCUCUUAUUAUCCUGCGGAGAAGGUUGAACAUUGUGAAAAGUUCGUAAAACAAAUCCUACAUAUAUUUCCUAUAAAUAAAUGUUUAUUUUUUAUGUUUAAACCUGAGCUCGCAGAAUAUAGCUCACGUUCUGAGCCGCAAUAACCUUUUUUA